GGCUAUAACUUAAAAUAAAAAUAUUUAAAAAACUAAUUAGCAAGUCAAGAAACUAUUUAUUUUUAAGAUUAAAGAUUCUCUAAUUUUGGAAAAGCUGAAAUUAUUAAUAUGACUGAAGUUAAUAACGUAACCUUAAAUUUUGACCUGUCGGAUACAUCAAAAGUUUUGUUUUGGUUCUUUUUGUCGCUAGAAACAAUUUCAAUAUAUGUCGGUAAUGUCAUCAUUUGUUGUUUAUUUAUCGUCAGAAAAAGAUUGAGAACAAAGCAAAACUUGUUUGUAUUAUCACUUAGUGUCAGUGACCUACUUAUUGGAAUAUCAGUUCCACCAUGUGAGUACUGCGCCUUUAAAUUAUCUUACCCUAACAAUUGUAGUUAUAUUUGUGGGAGUAUUGUAAGUUUUAAUAUUCUUGCCUCAGCUAUUAACUUAACUUUAAUUGCAAUUGAUCGGUUUUUUUCAAUAUUGAUGCCGUUCACUUACAAAAAAAAAAUAACAUGGCAACGAGCAGUUAAUAUGAUAAUUAUCGGUUGGCUGUUUGCUUUUUUUUUGACUCUAAUCCCCUUUUUUUGGAUGUUAGACGCAAAUAUGGCGAGAAACCGCAAACAAAAAAUAAACAUUAUUUUCAGUAUUGUUGUUUUCUCUUGCAUUGUUUUAAACGGAUUGCUAAUUGGAGGAAUAUAUUACAAAAUUAUUCAAAUAGCUCGCUGGCAACUACAGAAAGAAAUUAACAGAAAAGUGAAAUGUACAAAAGGAAUUAAAGUUUGCAUAUUAGUUGCUAUUAGUUACUUUGUCUGUUGGAUUCCAACUGCCGUUACUGAGGUGUUAUAUCAAAACAACCCAAACAUUCCUCGAGAGGUACUGUUGACGACAUACUUUCUGCUGCUUUUAAAUCCUUGUUUUGACCCUUUGAUGUAUGGUUGUUACAGAAAAGAUUACCGAAAAGAGUUGUGUACACUUUUUGGAUUUAAAAAAAAUAAGAAAACAAAAGCAAUCUUAUAAAGAUUUAAUUUUAUUUAUUUAUUUUUUUUUUUUAUACUUUUUUCGCUUGAACAACUUGUUUGAGAAAAGCUACAUAAACCUGCAAAGCAAACUCAAAAUAAAUUUUCGAUGAAAAAUAUUGAAUUCUCAGCAAAAAUAUAUAUUUUUUUGUAUUCCUA